AUGGAUCUGGAGUUUAGAAAUCUGACGUACACAGUGCACAGCCGUAUCAUGAGGGGCACAUCUCGUCAAGUUGUUAAAGGCGUAAAUGGCAAAUUUAUGUCUGGGCAGCUGGUGGCCAUCAUGGGACCCUCUGGUGCCGGCAAAAGUUCCCUCCUUAACGCCAUUUCUGGUUACAGGUCAGCCGGUGUGACAGGCGAGCUCUUAGUGAACGGGGAACCGCGUGAUGAACAGCUGUUUCAAAAAUCAUCAUGUUACAUAACACAGGAAGAUUUAUUGCAGCCGUUAUUAACAGUGCGUGAGGCUAUGGAUGUCGCCGCGAGCCUUAAACUGCCCAAGGGCGCGAAGGCACCAUCAGAAGAAAUAUUACAGGAGCUAGGCCUGUUAGAACAUCAGCACACAAAAACCGAUAUGUUGUCUGGAGGACAAAAGAAGAGGUUAUCAAUCGCCCUGGAGCUGGUGAACAACCCACCAGUAUUCUUCCUUGACGAGCCAACCAGCGGACUGGACAACGUCACCACUAUGCAAUGUGUGAAGCUAUUGAAGCAGCUGGCGAGGCAGGGAAGAACUGUGGUGUGCACCAUCCACCAGCCAGCCGCGUCUCUGUUUGAGUUAUUUGAUCAGGCGUACGUAAUCGCUGACGGUCUCUGUAUCUACCAAGGUGACACGGACGCCAUGGUCCCUCAUCUUUCAACCCUGGGUUUGGUAUGCCCAAGACAUCACAAUCCAGCAGAUUACAUAAUUGAAUUAACGGAACAUCAGCAGUACAUAAAAGUGUUAUCAGAAGAAAUACUCAACGGAACACUGUACAAGUCGGCUAAAAUCGACAGUACUAGUCAUGAACCUGUCAAUAACAUGCAAUUGAAGAUCUGCUAUCAGGCUGAUGAUAAUUUAAUGGAGACAGAAUUAGUAGUGUCCAAUGAAAAGUGCACAUAUAAAAUGAAAGAAUACACAGCUGUAGCAGUUAGUGCUUCAUCUACAACAUUGGCUAGUAAAAUGUCAAGGGAAGAUUCGUCAAUAGCGUGGAUGAAAAUGCAGAAGACAGAGGCAAAAGGCUACCCUACGACGUAUUUCGAGCAGUUCACGAUACUUCUUAGUAGAAUGUUACUGCAAAUAUCAAGAAAUCGACAAGCACUAUGGAUCCAAAGUAUACACCACAUCGGCUGCGCGAUCCUUGUGGGCGUGUGCUUCUUCAACAUGGCAAACGACGGCACCCAAAUGUUCAACCAUUUGAAGAUGUGCGUCGGUUUAGUUAUAUUCUUCGUGUACACACAAAUCAUGGUCCCUGUGCUUGUGUAUCCCCAAGAAGUGAAACUAGUGAAGAAGGAACAUUUCAACGGCUGGUACAACCUGGUGCCGUACUACGCAGCACUGACAGUAUCGAAGCUACCCGUACAAGUGUCGCUGAAUGUGAUAUUUUGCAGUAUUGUCUACUUCAUGGUGGGAGUGCCGUAUGCGCACGACAGAUAUCUGACGUUCUGCCUGACUGGGAAUAUUGUGUCUUUGGUGUCUGAGGGCGUGGGGAUGGCUAUCGGGUCGGUGUUUAGUGUGAGGAACGGAUGCGCAAUCGGCCCAGCCGCCAUUGCACCGUUCCUCGGCCUCGCCAUCUACGGUUUCGACUUCGCCCACCGCAUCCCACUUCUGAUGAACAUCAUCAUGAAGACUUCCUUCAUCCGCUGCGGCGUCGUUGCUAUGGUCCUCACUAUUUUCGGCUUCGGAAGACAACCGCUAGAUUGCAGCGAUGUUUACUGCCACUUUGCGAAACCAGAUGUCCUCUUAAAAUAUCUCGACAUUGAAAACAACUCGGUCUGGUUCGAAAUCCUCAUAAUGGUGGUCAUCAUGCUCUCCGUCAGGUUUCUCUGCUUCAUGGGAUUAAGAUGGCGGUUCGCGACAUGAUCGCCGAAUUAAUGACAAUCUUUGACAGAGACAAGACGUUUAAUUCAAUGUGAUAUUCAAUAUUCCCAUGGUACUGCUAGUACAAUGAUAUGUGAUAACGUUAUUUGCAAAUAAUUUAUAGUUACGUCGUGAUCAGAUGCAUUUUUUCAAACAGGAAUUUGUGUAACCAAAGAAAUCCUGUGUGUAGGCGUGAUGACUGAUUUGUAGUAUAGACAUUGAUAUAAGCCAUUUUUCUAGUUAAGGACGCGUUCUUAAACAGACAGGUAGCGAAACAGCCCACACAAUUGUGAAAACUGGACUUUUUUUAAGAACUUUUUAGGCAAUGCGUCAAAGUUACAAAUAACCUAAUACCACACGUUAAAUCACAUUAAUCAAAUAAUUUUCAGAUUUUUCAGAGAUUUUUUAAGAUAUAUACGUGAAUGUUUUUCCUGCCUUGAGCUUGCCUGGGGUUUUUUAAAGAAAAAAAUUGUGGAAAUAUUAGCAGGAAAAUGAUUCUGAAUUAAGUAAAUGUAGGAUUUUUCCCGCUAUAGAAGGUAAACAAUAAUCAGUAAUAUCUCUAAUCGGUAAUUAUCAGAAUAGUAAUCUUUAUAUGGCAAUUAUUCGUUUUGUUUGAUAUAGUUUAAUUCGAUCACAAAACGUAAAGAUAGCUUAAUUUAGUCGAAUUUGAGAACCUGUCCUUAAAUUAACCAAAUAUUGUGUAUUUGGUUAAGAUUACUUGAUAUGUGGCUUUAUAUCUCUCCAUGAAAUAAUGUAAUACGUAUAAGUUCAGGUGGAACUUUGUCAAAUGCGAGAUUAAUGAAUCUUCAAGUUAUGCGUGAAGUAAGUUGCUGAUAGACAAGUGACUAACUUCACGCAUGAUUUGCGAAAGAAUGCUAUGAAUGGUUCGAGUAAAAAGAGCGCGAAAAUUAAAAAAAAACUAGAUUUUAAAAUAGUUCUAUUGAACCACGCGUUUUUUAAAGCCUCAUCUGAACCUAUUAUACAAUAUUUGUGUUCUCGUACUUGCCCAGUGUUGAAAUUGCGUUUUGUGUACUUACUUAAUUUAUUAGUAAAUAUAAUAAAACAUUACUAUAGGUAUCUAUGAUCUUGUUCGUUCGCUAAUGGCGUCUUCGCAAACUAGUUCAUUAUUUUAAAUGAUUAAAGCACAUAAUGGAAUAAUAUGCAGUAUUCUAUUCUCUGUGACUCUUAUAAAAGCUGGCGAAGGAAGUUCAAAAAAACUUAACUAAAAAUUUUAAAUGAUUCUUUAUAACUGGCACUAAAUCUGCAGAGACAGUCAGAAAUUGGUGUAACUUAGUACAAAUUCCAUAAUAUUUAUAUUGUUUGUUAUGCUAGAGAGUUCAGUGUGAUAAUAUGUAUCAGAAAUUGAAUGGGGUAGAAACUUUUACAAAAAAUUUAAAUUGCAUUGCCAACAUUUCAUUUAAAAUAUUGACACAACUUUAUCACAAAUUUAAAGAUUGAGAAACAAUUGAAAACUCUAGAAAUAGUACUAAAAUAAAGAAAUUGGUUGAAAACUAUUGUAAUCCGUAAUUUAUAAAGGAA